GCCCGGGGCCGAGACGCCCGGAGCGGCCGCUGCGGCCAGUAGCUGCCGCCGCCGCCGGCCCCUUCACCGGCCGCCCCGUCCAGACCGAGCCGGGGGGCUGAAGGGGAUGCCGCUAGGGGCCCGGCCCCGCCGCCGCACCCGGUGAAGGGCUGAUCUUCCACCUCGCCGCCGCGCCUCCGGGGAGCCGGGACCUCCGCCGGCGCUCGUGAGCCCAGGCAGCGGAGCAUGGACAUGGGAAACCAGCACCCGGCCAUCAGCAGGCUGCAGGAGAUCCAGCGGGAGGUGAAGGCCGUGGAGCCGCAGGUGCUGGGCUUCAGCGGGCUGGCGGACGACAAGGCCUACCGGAGGCUGGAGCGCAUGCUCACGCGGCAGCUGUUCGAGAUCGACUCCGUGGACACCGAGGGCAGGGGGGACGUCCAGCAGGCGCGGAAGCGGGCGGCGCAGGAGACGGAGCGGCUGCUCAAGGAGCUGGAGCAGAACGCCAGCCACCCGCGCCGCCUGGAGAUCCGGAACCUGUUCCGCGAGGCGCAGGCGCUGGCGCAGGACGAGAUCGCGCCCUUGCACAGCGGGGGAGGCUGCGCCGCGGACGAGGUGGAGGAGCGCCUGCAGGACAUCGUGCUGCGGCUGACGCACGUCAAGACCGGCGGCAAGGUCUCGCUGCGCAAAGCCCGCUACCGCGCGCUGAGCAGGGUGUGCGCCGUGCAGGAGAUCCUGGAGGACUGCCUGCGGAAGCAGCCGUCGCUGCCGCUGUCCGAGGACGCGCACCCGUGCGUCGCCAGGAUCAACGCCGUGAUGUGCACGGUGAGCAAGGCCCGCGGCACGGUGGUCGCGCUGCUGAUGGGCGUGUGCGCCGACGAGACCUGCCGGCACCUGUCCUGCGUGCUCUCGGGGCUGCUGGCCGACCUGGACGCGCUGGACGUGGCCGGGCACCCGGACAUCAGGAACUACCGGAGGGAGGUGGUGGAGGACAUCCACAAGCUGCUCAAGUACCUGGAGCUGGAGGAGGAGGCGGACACGACCCGCGCCUUCGACCUGGGCCAGAACCAGUCCAUCCUCGAGAUAGAGAAGGUGCGCGCCAGGACGCGGGAGGUCAGGGCCGAGCUUCUGCGCGCGCAGAGCCCGGCCGAGCUGUACCUGAGCUCCAAGACGGAGCUGCAGGGCCUCAUCGGGCAGCUGGACGAGGUGAGCCUGGAGAAGAACCCCUGCAUCCGGGAGGCGCGCAGACGGGCGGUGAUCGAGGUGCAGACGCUGGUCACCUACGUGGACCUGAAGGAGGCGCUGGAGAAGAGGAAGCAGAGCGUGGGCGCCGAGCACCCGUCCCACCAGGCCGUCUGGAGCGUCCUGGGGAACCUGUCGGAGAUCCAGGGGGAGGUCCUGUCCUUCGACGGCAAUCGCAGCGACAAGAACUACAUCCGGCUGGAGGAGCUGCUCACCAAGCAGCUGCUGGCCCUGGACGCGGUCGACCCGCAGGGCGAGGAGAAGUGCAAGGCCGCGCGCAAGCAGGCCGUGAAGCUGGCGCAAAACAUCCUCAGCUACCUGGACCUCAAGUCGGACGAGUGGGAGUACUGACCGCGAGUGGGCACCGGCCGCGAGGGGGCACCGGCCGCGAGUGGGCACCGGCCGCGAGGGGGCACUGGCUGCGAGUGGGGCACUGGCUGCGAGUGGGGCACCGGCGCGAGUGGGGCACUGAGCCCGCGAGUGGGCGCCCGCGAGUGGGAGCACUGAGCGGCGGGUGCGGAGCCCGCGCGGCGGCCCGGCGUGUUUUGCACUGCGUGAGACCUCCACAUCUCGUGGCGCGCCCGCUCCCCAGCCGGGCUGUGGUUUGUACUUGCAUAUUUCAGUCUCAGUAUUUGUAACUUGAUGAAAUUAUAUUCAGUACCUGCUGCUUUUGAUGUCGCUAAGCAGCUGUCAUUACAGGACGGCCCCUUCGUCCCCUCCCUCCCUCCCGGGCGGGCGCGAGGUCUGUGGCUGGUGUUCCCCGCUUUCCAUCAGAAAGGGAAGUAGAUGUAGUUCUUGUGAUUGUAAGUGGGGGUGUGCACGUAUUAAUACGCAAAUUUAAGCGUAAACUGGGCAUGACUUCACGGAAUACUGGAAGAAUUAUGAGAAGGGGGAAGUUUUGGUUCCACAGUGCAGUGGGGCACAGACCCCCCCACCCCCCACCCCGGGUUUGCGCUGAGGCCCCGCCCAGCCCAGGGGUGGGUGUGUCCUGCUCCGGUCUCUGUCUCUGAGAAGUUAACCCUCUGUGUGCCGCGUGAUCAUGAAGACACCCAGCAGCCUCGGAGAGGGGAGCGGAGCGCCGGCUGUCAGACGCCCUCGGCUGGGUUUGCUGUGGAUCUGCACCCGAGGGCCCGGUGCCAGGAGGAUGAGAACCCCGGGCCGGUCACAGGAGGCGGCGUCUGCUGCCCGGGGCCGCUCCGAGCCCACCGCCGGCAGGGAGAGGCUGCGCCCGGCACGCGGCAGGGCGGCCCUGUCCGCACUUCCCGAGGACCGCGUGUGCCCGUGCCCUGGCAGUGCCUUUCCCGGAGCGGCCCUGACGAGGGCACGGUGCCCCGAGUCGGCAGCCGGGCAGGAGGUGAGAGGUAGAGGAAUAGGCUUAAGUGCCUGCGAGGAGCUGAGGUCGGCCCCAGAGGUGCGGCCCCUCCUGCUGCACACGCAGACCCUGUGUGCUGGGGCUGGAGCCCUGGCGCCUGCCGGUGCUCAGCGCAGUCCCUGGAGUGCUCAUCUGGCCCGGCGCUGUGGGCACGUUAGCGUCAGCCUCUCCCCUCAGCGCCCGACGCUCUGACAGCUGACGUCUGGUUUCUGCGGCCGUGCGGCCGGCGCACUGGAGCGGUCCGCGUCGGCCCUGAGUGGCCGUCCAGCACGGACUGCGUCCCUUCCGAGCCUGUCUGUGCCACGGCUGCUGCCCACAACCAGCCCUCACGCACGGGGCCUGUGGCGCCCGAGCCCGUGGGAGCCGCCGUGUGCCCGAGCCGACGCCUGUACGCCCGGGGUGUGUUAGCUUUUCGCGCUUGUUUUACGUCGCUGGUUUUUAUCUGGUUUCGGGGGUCUGUGUUCAUUUUGUCUGCAAAGCUUGUACCACGCCGGUGUUUUCCCUGGGGAGGAGUGGCCGAUCGCGGUGCGCUGGGUCCCCGCCCCUGUUAACCACGGGACCGUUGGUACCGAUUAGCGCCCUUGGUGAUCCACGCAAUAAAUCUCGGCUUCAUGUUUGUAGUGGA